CCGUAACUUCAAAACUCGAGAUUUUAAUUUCAUAUUUUGUUGCAAGUUACCAGACUCCAACGUUUAGAACACAAACAAAACUAAUUAAACUAUGUCCUAGUAGUGUGGUUUGUAACUUCGAUAUUGGAUUCCUAUUUCCAUUUCGUAACCUCGAAAUCGAACUCGACAUCACUUGCAUUGUGGCAAUAUUUGUGUAGUCUUCUUCAAAAGCACAAUUCUCCUCUUUAAGCUAUAGUCCUUGUUAGAGUGUACAAAUGUAGAACUUAAAAAAAAGUACUAAAAUGACCAAUUCAUGAAAAUUAUAGGACUCAGUACGAACUUUCCUCUUUUUCCUCGCCACUUGUUACUUUCCUAUUGGGUCGGCGGCGGCAAACUCAAAAAUUGACUGGUCAAGAACUGACGGCCGGUAAAACAGGACGCGCUGAUGAGGGCGUGGCCGCUGGUGCACGAGGCGGUGGUGGACCCCACGACGGAGCCGUUCGCCAAAGCCAACGGCGAGCCGGCGUACAGCUACUACGGGAAGCAGCCGGAGAUGAACGAGCUGAUGCAGAAGGCCAUGUCCGGCGUCUCGGUGCCGUUCAUGAGGUCCAUGCUCGACGGCGGCGGCUACGACGGGUUCGACGGCGUCAGGAGGCUGGUCGACGUCGGCGGGAGCGGCGGGGAUUGCCUGCGGAUGAUACUACGCAAGCAUCCCAACGUCCUCGAAGCGAUCAACUUCGAUCUCCCCGAAGUUGUGGCCAAGGCGGCCCCCAUUCCCGGAGUGACUCAUGUUGGUGGCGACAUGUUCAAUUCCAUACCUAAUGGUGAUGCCAUCUUCAUGAAGUGGAUUCUGACGACGUGGACCGACGAGGAAUGCAAGGCGAUAAUGGCCAACUGUUACAAGGCCCUGCCGGAAGGAGGGAAGCUGAUAGCCUGCGAGCCGAUGCUGCCCAAGGAUUCCGACGACAGUCACCGGACGAGAGCUCUGUUGGAACUUGGAAGGGGACAUAUUCGUGAUGACAAUCUACAGGGCCAAAGGGAAGCACAGGACCGAGGAAGAGUUCAAGCAGCUUGGCCUGCCCGUUGGGUUCUCCAAUUUCAGGGCGUUGCACUCUGUGGAUUACUUCCACACCGUGUUAGAGUUCCAGAAAUAAUAGUUGGUGAAUAUUGUGAGAGAACUGUUUCGUAGUUGAAUUGGUAACUUGAUUAUGUUAUCUCUCUCGGUUGUUUAUCAUCACUAGCUCAAAAUAGUAAUUUUGCAAAGAGUACGAGAAUCUCUUGUGAACCAAUCUCAAUUGAUCACUAUUAGAGGUCACGGGCUGACCACGGCUCGAUUCGUUCAUUAGAGUUGAACCAGCUCGAAUUCAAAUUCUAGAUAAUAUCCACCAAUCCGCAUGAACUCUUUUUUUUA